GUUUACCAGGAGCUAGCUGUCAAUGCAGUUUCCUAGUAAAGGCAGUUCUGCGUAUUUUGCCGUCUCUCAAAGACACCCUUUGUUUUUAUUCCUCAUGCACGUGCGCAAUGAGCCAUUCACACAGAAGACGGACGUUUGUAGCCUAAUGUUAAUGAAGCUUAUGGUGAUGUCAUUUCGCUCUUUUAUCCAAUUAAAAACAACAACCGAAAACAUAACAGUAGCUGCCCUUUGGUUUAUUCAAUGGAGAACUCUAUGAGAGUUUUAAAAAUAACAACAAUAAGAAAUGCGCUACAGGAGUGAAAUGACUAUCAUAUUAGAGCACCACCCUCCUGGGUGACAGUAGACGCAUUAAGACUGUAAAAAUACUAAGGAUUUACAGGACAAAAACUAUUUUAAGAUCGGCGCAGCCAAACAGUAUCCACGGACGCUGUGGAAGACUUCUCACAUGUUUUGGUCGAUUUUAAGAGUCAGUAGUCUUCGAAGGAUAAUUAUAGACAUUGAGUGGAUGCAGAACGCCGUUCUCCAAUGACCUGUCACUCUUCCGACUCCACGGAAAGUAUCGAGAAUGAAAGGAGAUCGCAAACCGAAACCCAAGUCGCGGAGUCCGAGCAGAGUCGCAUUUCCACUGCCAUGAGAGACCUUAAAAACACUGCAGGCUGGUAUUGGGGCAGCCUGACAGCAAAUGAAGCCAAGGAGAUCCUGCAGGACACAUCGGAGGGGACGUUUCUGGUCCGAGACAGCUCUCAGAGGGACUACCUCUUCACCAUCUCCGCCAUGACAUCUGCGGGACCCACCAACCUGCGAAUCGAAUACGAGGACGGCAAGUUCAAGCUGGACUCUGUGGUGCUGGUCAAACCCAAACUCAAGCAGUUCGACAGCGUUGUCCAUCUCGUGGAACACUAUGUGCAGCUGUCCCGGACGUCUUGUAUGGGCAGAACUACCCCUCUCGCCCCGUCCAAUAGCACUGUGCAGCUGCUGCUCACAAAUCCGGUGUACACAGCCACACCAUCUCUGCAGCAUCUGUGUCGUAUUGCCAUCAACAAAACCACACGGCGGGUACAAGAACUCCCUUUGCCGAACCGCCUGAAGGAUUACCUGACAGACUACACUUAUAAUGUAUAGAACCAGAUGGUCAAUAAUGACCAUAAGUGCUUAGGUACUAUGGAUCAUAGACCCAGCGAUACUGGGGUGCUGAUGUCCCGUUUAGGAUCAUUUGCCUGGGAUCCCUCAUCUUGUGCCCAAGGACAACUUUGAAAGGAUAACUCACACAAAAAAAAAUAAAAGUCUGUCAUUAAUUACUCACCGUCAGUGAUGUUCCAAACCUGUUUGACUUUUUCAUCUGUGGAACACAAGAGAAGAUAUUCCAUUUUUGUCCAUACAAUGAAAGUCAACGGGAUCCAAAAGAACACAUCAGCGUUUUUCAAAACAUAUUCCACUUUCUGUUUUGAUUCGGUGAGUAAAUUAUGACAGAAUGUACAUUUUCUGGCUGAACUAUCCCAUUAAUACACAGAAUAUCAUAACUGUUAAGUGUCCUUCAUUGCGUGCUUAACAAGUUUAUGGCCUGUAGAUAUUCUACAGUCGAUUUUGAAUGAGUGACUGAGCAGUAUCUGUGAGGAGCAUUGGCCUGCACUGACAUUGGUGGGUUUCUUCCUGUAAUACGCACAUCAGAUAUACAGGACGCCUCACGGUGUGACCAUGCAUCACUUUUAAAAGGAAGAGUUCACCCAAAAAUGAAUACACUAGCUCAAUCUUAAACGUGAUGUUCUUUAUUCUGUAGAACAUAAAAGAAGAUAUUUUGAAGAAUCCUGCAGCUGUCUUUGUCCAUAUAUUGAAAACUACACUCUUCAAAUUUCCAGAUGGAGUUUUGCAGUGCUUCCAUAAAGGAAACCUUUUGGGUCACCCAAAUAACUUUUCAGUGAACAGUUCUUAAAACAAUUUUUCCUUAGUGUGAAGAACAUUUUAAUAUUAUAAAAAUACCAUUUUCCACUAUAAAGAACUGAAAUGUUUCGAUGGAUGUUUAUUAGAUGAAAAAAAUCCAUACGACUUCUAAAUAAGGAUUAUUUACUCUCCAAUCACUGAUCAAAGCACACAAAGGCAGACCACAUUAACUAUGGUGGCACAAACAUCCACUGAUGUCAAACCUCAUUGGGAUGUUAAUUGAAGUAUUUUCUUUUAUGUUCCACAGAAGAAAGCAAACCAUAUGAGUUUGGAACAACAUGAGGGUAACAUGAGUAAAGAAUUCUCAUUUUUGGGUGAGCUAUGCUUUUAUUGCAGCAGGUGUCUGAGAUGUUCUGCAUCCUGUGUUUGGGACAUGGGAGUUUGAAACUGUAUGCUUUUGGACUAUGUUUUAUUUGCUCAUUAUCCAUGUUAUAUUUUUGUACUGUAGUCGUAGAAGAUCAUUUGAUGUCAUGGUUGCCCAAGGAACUGCUGGGAACUGGCAAGUACCUUGUGAUAUGAUAUACUGUAUAUACAUGUCUUCAUGAUAUCGUAAAACCUACUGAAAAAUUACAUGAAAAAAAUUGCCCUUUUAAAGGUAAUUUGAAACAAAUAAAAUGUAUUAUACAUAUACACUACCAUUUGAAAAUUUGGGGUUAGAUUUUUUAAUACUUUACUUCAGCAAGGACACAUUGAAGUGAACAAAUGUGUCAGUAAAGAUAUUAAUAAUGUUACAAAGGAUUUCGGUUAUGAUCUUUUGAACUUUGAAGAAUCCUGAAAACAAUCCUUUCAUCAAACACAUUAAGCAGCACAAUGAUUUCUGAAGGAUUAUGUGACACUGAAGACUGAAGAGAAAUGGCUGCUGAAAAUUCACCUCAUCACAGGAAUAAAUUACAUUUUAAUAUAUUAUCAACUUUUUUUGCUCUAUUGUUUAUCAAAUCAAUGCAGCCUUACUGAAAAUAAGAGACUCAAAAAUAUUGGAAAAACAUACCAACCCCAAACAUACUAAAUUUUGAAUGGCAGUGUGUGUGUGUGUGUGUGUAUAAACAUUUUAAUUUAAAAGCUCAAACUUCCCCCCUUCCCCAACAUUUAAGGGUGUGUACUUUGCAAAUAAAAUAUACCGUCUUAGUAUUUUAUUGCACAUUCUGAACCAAGAGGUAAUUUAGCAGCAUGGUUUGUUUCAGCUUUUGUUGCAUAUGGUCAAGAAGUAAUGGCCUGUGUUAACCCUACCUCAGGAGGGUGUCGUGAUAAACCUGCAUGCUGAUUGGUCGUCUCUGGAGAAUCUUUGAUUCUAUACUGAAUCGUAAUUUUUUAACCAAACCAAAAAACAAAACAAAAACGUACUAGGUCAGAAGCUUUUUAUUCUCUGCUUACUGCUAUUUGUGGAGAGAUUAUAAGAAAAAUGAGAUUUUCCUCUCAAGUUCCUCACUAAUCUGAACUCCUUUCUAUUUUGGUUUAAUGAAACAUACAGAAUAUUAUCUCUUCAAGAAUGGGUCACUCAAUGUAUUCAAUUCACCAUUGUUCUUGGGUGCUAAAUUCCUGCAUUUUCCCUUUAUGCUUAGUCGUUCAGUUAAAGCAUUCGAAUAGUAUUAUCUUAAAAGCAUUGCGCUUAAAAGGAUUACAGGUUGGUGCUUGAUUUUGACAUUAUUUUUAAAUAAAGAAGUUCAUUAUUUAAUAUGAUUUAAUUAAAAUAAAAAAAAACAAUCUACCAGAAAUUCUUAAAUAAUUGGGAAGCUGAUCUCAGAUCAGCUUAAAAGGUAAUUCUGCCAACAUCUUUAAGAUCCAGUAUACUAUUGUCAAUAUUAUUCAUCGUCUUCCUUGAGGACAUGGUAUAUCUAGGGUAGUAAGUCUGAUGUGAUCUCUUUGCCACUACAAAAUUCCACUAAUAUCAUUUUACUACAUUGUGGUGCAUCAGGGGUGAAUGGAUUGUCUCCCAAAAAGUGAGAAAUAAAAGCAAGCAUAGCUUUAA